CAGUUGGAAAGUAAAUCAAGAUGGUAGAAUUAAACAGAUCAUACUAAGCCGGUAUUAAAAAUAUGCAAAUAACAAUGAACACUGGCAUAUUUAACAAUUACAACAAAGUUUUUAUUGUAAAAACCGUAAGUGGAAUAGCCGAGCAAAUGGCCAUGUGGCACACCGACGAUAAAAUCCGGCAUUAAAUUGAACGAAUUCGAAAUCUAAUUUUUAAUUAAAUAAACGUUUAUUUGACACAGGUUUCGGUUUUAAAAAUGUAUCCGACAACGAUUUUAAAACAAUAUAACUAGAAGAAUAUUUCUUUUAAGAAACAUUAAAUGUGAAAGUGAAUAUGUAGGCUAACCAAAGAUUGUUUUUACAUAAACGAUGGGACUUAAAAUAAUAGAGAACUUUUUGAAAAUUGACACGCGUAUGAAUACAUAAACAAAAAAACUGACAACAAAUAUAUUUUUAUCUUUACUCGUUGCGUAUUUCAAGGAAAUUUGUGCGAAGAUGGCGCGAAAGAGUGUUAGCCACAUUGCCAGCAACCCGUUGUCAUCGGCACGAGCAACGACAUUUUUUUAUUCCCGACGUUUAGUUAACACUGUCGUAUCAAUACAAACCAGUUGGUGUUUCACUGUCGAAUUCUUAAUUUUCCUUUGCUCGUUCAGACAAUUAGCACCAUUAGUUUUCACCGAAAUCGAGAACAGCUCGAGAUACUCACAUGUGAUCAAAAUGGAUACUCUAACCAGAAGAUCUUGUUGCGCCUGCGCGCCACGAUGAACGAAAGAGGGGUCUACCAAGCUGAAAGCAAGGACUCUAAGCUUCUAUGACCGAGCUUGGCAUCUAUAGGCUUCCGUGAAGUGUUCAAAAAUCUUCCAGAUAGUUAAGCUACAAAUAAAGGCGUGUUGUUGAAUAUUUUGAAGAUACAAUUAUUAAAAUUUACUUCUUAUAUGUAUAUAUUUGAUCAUUGUCAAAGCACAUAGAAGACAAAUAAUUAAAUUAAUGGAAAAUAUGACUAAUGACACAGAAACAAAUCACAGUCAGUAUCCUUGCAAUUUUAAAUUCCAUAAAUUCGUGGAUGAAGAGGUUAGAAUUAGUUGUCACAUUAUAAGAAUGGAAGACAGCUUAUAUUUAUGGGUUGGAGAUGCUAAACAUUCUGCCAUGAAUAAUCUUGCUUUUGCGCUUAGAUCGAAUUAUGAAUCAGUACCGAUUGCUACAAAGAUAAUGGGUGCAGUGGCAGAUGAAACUUCCACUAACAUAGCUAAACGUUUAACAAAAAAAUUGGGAAAACCUGUAUAUGUUAGUUUUAAUUUACAGGCUGAUAGAAUAUUAUUGCCUCAGAUCGAGCAGAGAAUACAUCAAGAAUUUAAAACAAAUGAAGAACUAACAAUAUUUUGAUAAAUUUUUAUAUUUCAUCUCAGAUAUCUUGUAGCUUUUCAAUAAUACUACUGUGUACUAUAAAAUUUAUGUAUAUUGUAUGGCUAUAUGUACGAAAUUUAAUUUUAUAAUAAAUUAAAUGGAUCAUGUUAAUAUAAUACAUUAAGUAAUAUUUAUUUUAUACGUAUUGGUACUAUAAAU